GGUGUAGUCUAGAUACAUUUCUGCUCCAGUGGUGGUGGUGAGGGGGGAACAUACUAGUCAAAGUGGGCAGACUACAUAGAUCAGAUACACCCAGCAAGCAGAAUUCUAGAUAUAAAAGUAAAGGUUGAUAAUAAUGUCUCUUUCAAUGCCAAUAGGGUUAGGACUACAUAUUUAUACCCUAACCAUAAUGUGUUACUCUGGAUACAUUGAUACUCUGAUACAUGUAUGAAAUGUCUGCUUUUCCAGAUCUUUAUCAUAAAGUGGGAGGUGAGCUCGUGUUGACACCGGACAAGUCCACAGUGCCUAACUCCAUCACAAGCAUCCUAUGGAAGCAUGGGAAGAACAAGGUGGCAGAGUGGUACAAGGAUUUUGGUCUGGACAUUUAUGGUGCCUUCAAAGAGCGUACAACCCUGAACCAGAAUACUGGAGAGCUGAGAAUCAGUGGAUUGAAGAAAUCAGACAGUGGAGUUUAUUCUGUGGAGUUCAACAGCAAACUGCUUGACAAGACAUAUAAACUGUCUGUUAUCAAGGCAGUCCCCAAACCCACAAUCACCUUCUCCUGUAACGCCAACAAAACCUCUUGCACUCUGACCUGUGAAGGUGACACCACUGAUGCUCAACCCGUCACCUACAGCUGGAAAGUGGGAGAUGGGGCGUUGGAGGUCAAAGGAAAACAGCUGAUUGUCUCUAAGAGCGACACUGGCAAUUCAACCAACAGUUACAAGUACAUCUGCAAGCUGAAGAACGCUGUUAGUGGGGAAUUCAGUGAGCCAGUUGGAGAGGUGUUUGGUUCAGAGCCUUUUAAAGUUGGUGUUGUUGUUGUCGUUACCAUUGUAGCGCUUGUUGCCAUCGUCAUAACAGUUUGGUUGGUGUGGAAGAAAAUAAAAGCUAAAGGCAGUGAUGGAGUCCAGCCAGGACAAGGCAAGUCAUCCAGUUAAUUUAAGACUGUAUAAACAGAAGUAACUUCUUUAAGUAGCAUUUGAUGCAGUAGGAG